GCGACACGACGCCAGCGGGACGUGUUCGUCGAGGGCGGCUCCGUGACCUGUCCGUGACCGCGACCCCACAGUAACCGACCUCAGGUAUUUCUGACGGAUAUCAGCAUGCUGACUCAAUGCGAUGAUUGCGGCAAGAAAGCUGCAAAUCUCGCCAUUCACAUGAGAACCCACACGGAAGAAAAGCGAUUCGAGUGCAAUGUAUGCAACAAGAAAUUUGCAACGAAUGCCAAACGGGAAGUGCAUCUCAGAAUCCACACAGGGGAGAAGCCUUUCGACUGCACUAUGUGUGAUAAGAAAUUUUCGCAAAGGGGUAAUCUGAAAAAACAUUUUCGCAUUCACACAGGAAAAAAUCUAUUCGAGUGCAAUGUGUGCAACAAGAAAUUUGCAACAAAAAGCAUACGGGAAGUGCAUCUCAGAAUCCACACAGGCGAGAAGCCUUUCGACUGCACUACGUGUGAUAAGAAAUUUUCGCAAAGGGUUCAUCUGCAAAUACAUUUUCGUACCCACACCGGGGAGAAGCCCUUCGGGUGUACGUUGUGCGACAAGAAAUUCACCACUAGUGGAAAACUGCACUCACAUGUCAGAACCCACACAGGAGAAAAGCCAUUUCAAUGUGGUGUCUGCAGCAAGAGUUUUAGCAGAGGGGAACAUCUCCGAAUACAUGAACGUUCUCAUACCGGUGAGAAACCGUAUGCGUGUACGUUGUGCGACAAGAAAUUCUCGGUACCUAGCAGUCUGAAAACGCACAAUCGUAUCCACACAGGGCAGAGACCAUUCGAGUGUGACUUGUGCAACAAGAAGUUUUCAGCCAGUUGUCAUCUGCGCGUACACCGCCUUACCCACACAGGAGAAAAGGCAUUUGAGUGUACGCUCUGCGACAAGAAAUUUGUGACGGGUGUCAGUCUGCGAGUGCACCUCCGCAUCCACACGGGUGAGAAGCGUUAUGAUUGCGCAUUGUGUGACAAGAAGUUUGCGCAUUCUAGCGGUCUGCGUACUCACCUUCGCGUCCAUACGGGAGAGCAGCACUAUAAACACGAAUGCUCUGUAUGCAACAAGAAAUGUCAGACCAGUUCGAACCUCCGUGCACACAUCCGCACCCACACAGGAGAAAAGUCCUUCGAGUGCAGUGUGUGCAACAAGAAAUUUGGAGAAAGUGUACAACUUAAAAAUCAUUUCCGCACCCACACAGGAGAGAAGCCGUUCGAGUGUGUCGUGUGCAACAAGAAGUUUUCGCGAAGCAGUUAUUUGCUUAAACAUCAGCGAGCGCACUCGGGGGAGAGGCCUUACGAGUGCACCGAGUGCGACUACAAGUGUUCGGAGGCUCACGGUCUAGUUGUUCACCUCCGCACCCACACAAGAGAGAAGCCGUACGAGUGUGUCGUGUGCAACAAGAAAUUUGCGCAAACGAGUAAUUUGCGCACACAUCAGCGAACUCACACGGGAGAGAAGCCUUACAAGUGCACCGAGUGCGGCAAGACUUUCGCGCACCAGGGCAGCAUGAAAGUUCACCUUCGAAGGCAUUCAUUAUAGACACCGGGCCGUGGUUUGUGGCAUGACGCUCUUAAAAACGUGUAUGGUUCAUUGUUCGAUUAAAUUGUAUUUUAAUGAUUAAACUUAUUCUUAAACCAGUA